AUGUCGGCGUAUCCCUCCCUCCCAAGUAUUAGAGUCCCCGGGGCCGACGGCUUUCGAAAUCAUGCCAGCCAUCACGAUAGACCCUUUGGCAGCAGCAGCCUGGCCAUGUCAAUCCCCGGCAUCGACGAGACUCAAAACAACGUUCCUCCCCCUUUGCCUCCCCCCCGAUACCUCCCUGGCACUGAGCCCGCGAACCUUCCUCCAGACAUGCGAGGCAAGCGAGACUUCGGACCCAAUACGGCAUCCUUUGCCAGCGGCUACGGCAGCAUGGCCUCAUCUUUUGCAGAGGAACGACCCAGCUACCUACGAAGGGACAUGGGCAGCUUCAAUGGCGACCGGGACGAGGGUUACUCAAGUUAUUCUACAGACAGGUCUCGCGAAUCACUACGGUCAGAGUUUGGCCUACACCACAACCACUUCCAGUUCCAAUCACCCGCCGUUGACAGCAUGAAGAAGAAGCUCGACCCUGUACGCAUGCUGGACAAGUCACCACCCCGAUCCCUCCUCAGUGCCUCUGUAAACGAGCUGCUACCUCGAAGACCCACAGCUGAGAGCCGGUUCCCUCCCGCCCUGAGCGUCCCCGUCCAGCUUCCCAUCCACACCCGCAACAUCCUGGGCUCACCAGCCCGGUUCACCGAGACGCCGCUGCACUCGGCCAUUUCCCCCCGCAGUGCUCCCUUCCACUACGGAGACCGCUCUCCCAACGACGGCUCAGAUAUCGACCGUUCCCCACGAACUCGCACCAGGAGGAACAACAGCGACGAUGCCACAUCGACCCAAGGCAGUUAUGACUUCAAUGGGGCCGAAGACAUGGAGAUUGAAGAGACGUCUCUCAAGAGGCUGCACAUUGACGAUGCGUACCUAGCUGGUGGCCAGAAGCGGAGGGCAGCCAGCCCACCCGACGAGCACAUUUCAGCCGCCCAGAUGGAACUCGCCCGCAGGUCGCGCGGGUCACCACAGCCCCGGCUUACCACUAUCCCACAGGGCACAACCAUCCCAUCCGUACCAUCCACAUCGCGAUCCAAUUCAUACAUGUCGACCAUGUCGGUCCCCACAACUAUCACCACUGCUAACUCUUUUGGUCGACGUUCGCCUGGUCUAUCGCCUGGUGGCAUCUCCCCCACGUCUUGCAACUCCCCUUACACCACGCCCAUGUCCCUUAACCCCAGCCCGAGGAACUCCAUCUCCGGCCGGAGCGCGAUGCACGCAAGGACUGUCUCAAGCGCCAGCUCUCGAAAGAUUGGCGAAGUACAGAAGUCAGGAGGCCCCAAGCUUCAAGAAUUUUUCAUGUGCGACUGCUGCCCGAAGAAGCCAAAGCGAUUUGAGACGGCUGAAGAGCUCAAUGCUCAUGAAGCGGAAAAGCAAUACAAUUGCUCCUUCUGUGGAAACCGUUUCAAGAACAAGAAUGAGGCCGAGCGACACCAAAAUUCGCUUCACGUCCGCCGCCAUUCUUGGUCCUGCUCGGCCCUCUCUGGAUACGAUCGCGCAUUCCACGAAUCAACCAACAGGCCCGGAGAGGCCGAUGCAUGUGGCUACUGCGGUGACGAAUUCCCCCGAUCAGGACGCGUCCCUGGAACAAAUACGCCGCGGCAUGCAACGGAACAGGAUUGGGACGAUCGCAUUCGACAUCUGCAAGAGACGCACAAGUUCAGGGAAUGCAACUCGUCCAAGAAAUUCUAUCGAGCGGACCACUUCAGACAGCAUCUGAAGCACAGCCACGCAGGUACCAGCGGAAAAUGGACCAACAUGCUUGAGAAUGCGUGCAUGUUGGAGGAGGACCCGACGCCCAGGUGA